AUGGCACGGGCUAGGAUGUGCGGGCUGCUGCUCACGCUCACCCUCUCCGCCGCUUUGUUAGCUUCCUGCCCGCAUUUCGCGGCGGCGCAAGAAACGCCAUCACCCGCGUUCAAGUUUAGCAAUUACAUGCUCAAGAACUGCCUCGCUCAAACCGACGCGUCGACUAACGGCGUGCGAUCCGCCGACUUCGGCGACAAUUUUGCAUUCGGAGUGACGACGAGCGCGACGCAGGUGGAAGGCAGCACGUCCAAGGACGGCCGCGGGCCGAGCAUCUGGGACGCGUACUCGAUGCUGACCGGCGCCAUCGCCGACGGAUCCAAACCCGCCGAGGCCACUCAGAGCUACGACCGCUACAAGACUGAUGUGAAGUUUCUCAAGGAGAUGGGCGUGAAGAACUACCGCUUCUCCAUUUCGUGGCCGCGAGUUGUGCCAGCGGGUGUGGGUGCGUUGAACGCCGAGGGCAUACGCUUUUACAAUGACUUCAUUAACGAGUUGAAGGAUAACGGCAUCGAGCCCGUGGUUACACUGUACCACUGGGAUCUGCCGUUCCCUCUUGAACGCGACCAGGGGGGCUGGCUCAACGACACCAUUGUGCGAAGUUACGCCAACUACGCCGAAACGUGCUUCCGCAAAUUCGGGGACAGAGUGAAGACAUGGAUUACAUUUGCCGAGCCGCAGCAGAUCGCCGUGCAAGGCUACGGCACAGGAGGCAUGGCUCCAGGCCGCUGCUCGGACCGUACAAUUUGCACCGCGGGAAAUUCGUCCUCUGAGCCUUACAUCGUCGCGCACAACAUUCUGAAAGCGCAUUCGUUGACGGUCCAGAUUUACCGCCAGAAGUACAAGAAGCAGCAGGGCGGUCGGAUCGGCAUUGCGUUGGAUUGCGUGUACCACUACGCGGCUGACGAAACGCGCGCGAGCAAAAACGCGGCGCAGCGGGGGAUGGAAUUCGCGUACGGGUGGUUCGCGGACCCGAUCCCCCGUAACCCCCGAACCGGCAAGUUUGUCGGCGAGCCGACCUCCUCGAAGUGGCUCUACGUGGCUCCCGAGUCCAUGAAGAACAUGCUGCUGUGGAUAAAGAACCGUUACGGCAAAGAUGCAGCUGUAAUCGUUACCGAGAAUGGUGUUAGCGAGUACAACGUGCAGGGGAUCACGAUGGACAAGGCGCUGUGCGACGUGCAGAGGGUUAACUUCCACAAGAGCUACCUUCAAAAUGUUCUGGACGCCAAGAAGAGGUGUGGUUGUUACUCUCCCUCCCCCUGUCACUUUCCCUCCCCCUGUCACUUUCCCUCCCCCUGUCACUUUCCCUCCCCUCUGUCACUCUCCCUCCCCUCUGUCACUCUCCCUCCCCUCUGUCACUCUCCCUCCCCUCUGUCACUCUCCCUCCCCUCUGUCACUCUCCCUCCCCUCUGUCACUCUCCCUCCCCUCUGUCACUCUCCCUCCCCUCUGUCACUCUCCCUCCCCUCUGUCACUCUCCCUCCCCUCUGUCACUCUCCCUCCCCUCUGUCACUCUCCCUCCCCUCUGUCACUCUCCCUCCCCUCUGUCACUCUCCCUCCCCUCUGUCACUCUCCCUCCCCUCUGUCACUCUCCCUCCCCUCUGUCACUCUCCCUCCCCUCUGUCACUCUCCCUCCCCUCUGUCACUCUCCCUCCCCUCUGUCACUCUCCCUCCCCUCUGUCACUCUCCCUCCCCUCUGUCACUCUCCCUCCCCUCUGUCACUCUCCCUCCCCUCUGUCACUCUCCCUCCCCUCUGUCACUCUCCCUCCCCUCUGUCACUCUCCCUCCCCUCUGUCACUCUCCCUCCCCUCUGUCACUCUCCCUCCCCUCUGUCACUCUCCCUUCCUCCUGCCACACCUUCCCUGUCCCUUCCUGCCACUCCCUGCAACCCACUCUCCAUAUCCUUUCCAACCCUGUAUGUAUCAUGUGCAAGACUCGAUGGGACCAUGGACCAUGAUGGAUAA